CAACACCUGAUCGUCCAACUCCAGUCGUUACAAACAAACUAAGUGUCUUUAAAAAUGAAGUUCCUAUUCGUGGUAGCGCUAAUUGUCCUGGCCAUCCAACUGGCUUCCUCUACUAGUACAACUACUACAACCACCGAUGCCACCACUACAACCACCACCACCACCGACGCCACCACCACGACGACAACCGCCUCUUCCACCCACAAGAAGCGUUGUUGGAAGGGCAACAACUGGUGCCACACCCGCAUCCCCAAGAGGAAGUGCAAGCACCCAAAGAGGUGCCACAAGACCAUCGUGAUUGUGACCCACAAGAAGAACUAGAUGUGACACUUUUCAUCAUUAUCUCCAAAUAAAUACUUAAAGAAAGCCAAAUAGUUCAGUUCUCUAGUGGCAGCUAAUUAAAACGAGUUCUGGGAGUGCAGAAAUGAUAACAGUUUUAUUAGAAGGGCUCGAUAGCAGAUAGCUGGCGAUUGCUGACCAGGUUAAAAGUGCAUCACUAGAGCAACCAUGUUUUUUCUCCGCAGACGCACACACGCACAUUUUUCUCGAUAGCACUCAAAAUGCCGAUCAGCUCCUUGCAGAGG